AUGAUUCUCUCCAGUGACUUUGAAGCUUCCCAACACGCAGCUUUGCCUCUUGAAGAUGAUGAAGUUGACAUAGUCGGCGAGGACAAGCCUUCGCAUGGACGUUUGUAUCGCAGUGAGUUCUCCAGCUCCUCAGCAGAGUCUGGAGCUGAGUUUGACUCCUCAGAGCCCGAGUCCUCAGGGGAAAGCGAGAGCAGUUUUUGCGCGGACGCACCACCCUCCAGGAAAGCCCAGAGCAGCUCGGUGAAGCCUCCUUACUCCUACAUCGCCCUCAUCACCAUGGCCAUCCUGCAGAGCCCACAGAAGAAGCUGACACUGAGUGGCAUCUGUGACUUCAUCAGCAACAAGUUCCCCUACUACAAAGACAAGUUCCCUGCCUGGCAGAACUCCAUCAGGCACAACCUCUCCCUCAACGACUGCUUCAUCAAGAUCCCGAGGGAGCCCGGGAACCCGGGCAAAGGUAACUACUGGUCCCUGGACCCGGCCUCUGAGGACAUGUUCGACAACGGCAGCUUCCUGCGGAGGAGGAAGCGCUUCAAAAGAAACCAGCCCGAGCUCGGUAAAGACGGACUUAUGUUUUACUCCAACUUGAACUGCUACAGGCCGUAUGGACAACCAUACUGCGUACAGGGCCAGGUCAGCCCCCCGCACACUGCUCCACUGCGGUACAUGCCUCUGCAAGAGGGAAUCAUGAUCCCUCCUUCUUAUCAUCUCCUGCCACAAACUCUGAGCACUCAUGGGAAAAGCAGCGGGCCUAAAGACUUCAGAGCGCAGCUUUGCGCAGCUGAGCCAAAGCCUGGCGCGCAGAGGAAGUGCUCCUUCACCAUUGACAGCAUCAUGAGCAAACCGUCUCCUAACGCUCCACAGGGCCAGAAUCCACGGCAGACCCCUCACAGCUCUUUGGGUUACCCUCAUCUCGUGUCAGGCCCUGCAGCCUGUUUGAUGCCAACCCUCCUGCAGGCGCCCAGGACUCCUUUCUGCCCUCCUGGCAUGCUGAGCACCGCUCCGUUAAUAAAUGAGCACCUCAGGCUGUCCUUCCCUCACUGCUGA